CACAAUGAUGAUGUUUCUAGAAGCCAUCGGUUUAACUCCCAGAGUACGAAAAGCUGCGAUCCUGAUGAUUUACAUUCAGCUUUCCUGCUUCUCCUUUGGGAGUCCGAUUGAAAAAUAUCAUAAAAUAGAUGUUGGGGUAUGCCUGAAUAUUUCAAAAAUGUUACUCGAAGAAGUUAAGGAGAGUCUAAUGCACCCCGAUGUGACUGAAGGGUUUAACUGCAGCGACACUGAGAUUGUACUGGAAGACAUCACAGCGAAUCAUACCAGCACUCUGUGGGCUUGUACCCCGGAGCAGGAGUCCAGUAGAUGCAAGGAAAGUGGAAAUCGCCUGAACUGCCUCCGAUCCAGCCAGUGCUACCAAAACAUCUCCGCGGACCUGCGGAUUUACCAGGCUAAACUACAGAACUUCACCCAUGUCACCAAUAACGUGUGCAAGAAGAUAGCUGCACUCUUAAAGGCUCUUAAUUCAGAUUCCACCUACGAAGAUGUUUAUCUUGAAGGUGGUUCAACAACAGAUGAAGAAGAAAAAGAUGUCAUUGAUUUUCCCCAGAGGAUGGCUUUGUGCAAAGUCCUACAGGCCUUCAAAUUGCGUACUAUCACAUUCAACAGAGUGAUGAACUAUCUACACCAAACUGAAGAGUAG